UCGCAGAAGGGGCAUUUGGAGAAGGGAAUGUUUCUUUACGUAGACGCUGAAAUUGUGAUAACAUUUAGAGGCGUCUGAAUUUGGGCACAAGGGAACAAGAAAUAACAUUCUUUUAUAAAAUGUAUGGUUUUGUGAAUCAUGCCUUGGAACUUUUGGUAUUAAGAAAUUACGGCCCUGAAGUAUGGGAAGAUAUCAAAAAGGAAGCACAGCUGGAUGUGGAAGGACAGUUUUUGGUCAGAAUCAUUUAUGAUGACACGAAAACAUAUGACCUAGUUGCUGCAGCAAGUAAAGUCCUCAAGAUAAAUGCCGGUGAGAUUCUACAAAUGUUUGGGAAAAUGUUUUUUGAGUUUUGCCAAGAGUCUGGUUAUGAUACAAUCCUGCGUGUUUUGGGAUCAAAUGUCCGGGAAUUCUUGCAGAACCUUGAUGCUCUACAUGACCACUUGGGUACCAUCUAUCCCGGAAUGCGGGCACCAUCCUUCCGAUGCACAGAUGCAGAAAAAGGAAAUAACCUAAUUUUGCACUAUUACUCUGAACGAGAAGGACUGCAAGAUAUAGUUAUUGGAAUCAUCAAAACAGUGGCCCAGAAGAUCCAUGGAACUGAAAUAGAAAUGAAGGUUAUACAACAUAAGAGUGAGGAGUGUGAUCAUAUUAAAUUCCUUAUUGAGGAGAAAGACUCAGAAGAGGAGGCUUUUUAUGAAGACCUGGAUGGGUUUGAAGAGAAUGGUACACAGGAAACCAGAAUCAGUCCGUAUACUUUCUGCAAGGCGUUUCCCUUCCACAUCAUGUUUGACAGAGACCUUGUACUGACUCAGUGUGGCAAUGCUAUCUUUCGUGUGCUUCCACAGCUCCAGCCUGGAAGCUGCAACCUGGUCUCAGUUUUCUCGCUGGUCCGCCCACACAUCGACUUCAGUUUCCAUGGAAUCCUAUCACACAUCAACACUGUGUUUGUUCUGAGAAGCAAGGAGGGUUUGCUGAAUGUUGAAAAGUCAGAGUGUGAAGAUGAGUUGACUGGUGCUGAAAUCAGCUGCUUGCGGCUCAAGGGCCAGAUGAUCUACUUGCCUGAAGCUGACAACAUCCUCUUACUUUGUUCCCCCAGUGUGAUGAAUCUUGAUGACCUGACUAGACGAGGACUGUAUCUGAGUGACAUCCCGUUACACGAUGCCACACGUGAUCUCGUCCUCUUAGGGGAGCAGUUCAGGGAAGAGUACAAGCUGACCCAGGAGCUCGAAAUCCUAACUGACAGACUGCAGCACACUCUCAGAGCACUGGAGGAUGAAAAGAAGAAGACAGACAGGCUGCUGUAUUCCGUUCUUCCACCUUCUGUGGCCAAUGAGCUGAGACACAAACGUCCUGUUCCAGCAAAGCGAUAUGACAAUGUGACAAUCCUCUUCAGUGGCAUUGUGGGAUUCAACGCCUUCUGCAGCAAGCAUGCCUCAGCCGAGGGAGCUAUUAAAAUUGUCAACCUCUUAAAUGACCUUUAUACAAGGUUUGACAUUCUGACAGAUUCACGAAAGAAUCCCUAUGUUUACAAGGUGGAGACUGUGGGGGACAAGUUCAUGACUGUGAGUGGUCUGCCGGAGCCAUGCACCCAUCACGCUCAGUCCAUCUGCCACCUGGCCCUGGACAUGAUGGAGAUAGCUGGGCAGGUUAAGGUUGAUGGAGAGCCAGUACAGAUCACUAUUGGUAUACAUACUGGAGAAGUGGUUACUGGUGUGAUUGGGCAAAGGAUGCCUCGUUACUGUCUGUUUGGAAAUACUGUCAACCUCACAAGCAGAACGGAAACCACGGGAGAAAAAGGGAAGAUCAAUGUUUCAGAAUAUACCUACAGGUGUUUGUUGUCAGCAGAGAAUGCAGACCCCCAGUUCCAUCUGGAAUACAAAGGGCCUGUGGCAAUGAAGGGCAAAAAGGAACCAAUGAAAGUCUGGUUUUUAUCCAGAAAGUGCACAGAAACAGAAGUGUGACUCAUCAAUAAGCACUGUCAUUUUUUUUUGAAAAAAAAAAAAAAAAAAAAAAGAAAUUACAAAAUGCUUUUAAGUUGCCCAUUUGGAAAUUCCACAGCCAAAUUAUUUGUAAAGCUAUUUAAUUAAACAUACAGAAUGAGUAUGGGUAGUCGGGUGGUGGGGGGGGGGGGGGGUAAAGUAGGAAAGUUUAGUUUAAAUCCUAUUACUUAAAUAUGUUUUUACAACACCCUCUUUACCCCCUUUGUGUUCAUCAAUUGGGAAAAGGUUAAGUAGAAAAGAUAGUUUAAUAGUUAAUCAAGUAUCACUGUUAUAUGAAGCAAAUUUGGUAAAUUAAAGGAUGUGCUGAAUUGAGGACUAAGGGGACCUUGCCACAAGUACAGAGCAUGCAAAGCAAAAUAGACACAUUUUACCUCACCUGACUUAUAAAAUGAGGUUUUUAAUCCACACCUGUCUGAUUUGUGUGCCAUUCUAAAACAUAAUUAGAUUUCCUGAUAAUACAUGAACUAUAAACAUGUGCCAUGUUUAAGAUUUUACAACUGAUUUUUCUUGUUGGUCUUACAGUGAGGUGCAAAUAACCUCUGUUUCAUUUUGCCGAAAAGAAAUGUUCCAUUAGUAUAGGUGCAUUUUUGAUAAUCACUGUCAUAACUUCAUGCAUAGUUGUAUUUUAACGUUUGUUUUGUGAAGAAUUUUUUGUACACUGAAAAAAAAAAAAAAAGAAACAUGAAA